AAUAGUCCUGCCAAUGGGACGGAGCGUCAGUCGUACUUCUUUUCCAGCAGUGGUGCUAAGCAGCCGCGUCUCUUUGUCGACACCAUGAGAAGAACUGCUAUCCUAUUAUUUAUCGCGGGCUUCGUUGCCUUGUCAGCAACAAGCGAGGUCCUCACUGAAGAAAAUUCUUCUGAGGAAGGAGAAGGCAAGAGCGACGUUGAUUUGCUUCGAGAUGAACUUGAAGUCCUCCGCAAAGAUUUUGAGUCCACAGGCACAGCUACUGAGGAAAAAGAAGAGUCAGACGAGUACUUUUUUGGUAAGCUGUUCAAGCGUGUCAAAGGCGCUGCUGACGGAGAUGGAAACCGUACGGGCCGUGGGCGAGGGAGAGGUCGAGGGCGAGGCCGCGGACGUGGCUCUCGGGGUUCUGACGGUGAAGGCGAAGGACGCAACUCCUCAAAAGGUCUCGACUUCUUUAGGAAGUUCCUUGGGAAAAGGAAGGCAGGCGGCAAUUCCACAUCGGACGUCGACGGAGCCUCAAAGAAGAAAGAACUGCUGAGAGAGUUAGUGGGGAAAAAGAUGGGCUCCGGAAGUGGUGACGCGUCCAACGGUGGCGACUUCCUGAUGAAGUACCUCGAGGGCAAAGCCACCUCCUACGCUGCCCAUGAGGAAGAAGUCGACGAUGACAAAGUUUCUCACCCGUAGCCACCCUCAGUGGUGCCCUGGAAUAGGGGCGUCGACCCUGCGCAGAUGGGGAAUAAGACCGUGAAGACGUCCGACCGGAUCUGCCACGGCUAAUUUCUAACCAAUUAGAGCAAAUAAAGUUUUCCUCCUCCUCCUCUGGAAAAA